AUGGCACGUGCUGCGGUGAUCCCACAAUCCCCUGCAAAACGGGUACGAACUUCAACUAAGUCGACAGCUGCUGCCGACGCGAAGAGGAAAGCUCCCCGAAAAGCAACACCAGCACCACGAACUGCACCUCCGGCUCUCGAUGUUGAGUCCGACGAUGAGCUGGAAUGUAUCACAAGUAAACCCGCCAAACCCAGCGUACGCCCUUCUGUCCGCCCGGCUAUCAAACCCAGAGUGACCGCGACUGCGAUUGCCCGAGGAAAGAAGGCUUUGGAGUCUCUCGCCGAAAGGUCAAAAGCUCAAAAGAUCACCGGCGAAGAUGGACUAGGACAGCAAACUGAGGCGCCUAAAAAGCGUGUCGGACGACCGAGGAAAAAUCCGUUGCCCGCAGAAGCUGCUGCGCCCAAGCCCGAGGCCGCACCGAAGACCAGAGGACGACCAAGAGCGGGAACAACAACGAAGGCCCCUCAGCUUCAAACGGCGGCUACAAGCAGGCGGACGCGAGCGGUGGUUGAUACAGCGAUUGAGACGAAACCGAACCAAAUUAGAAUUGCGACCAACUCGACAACUAUGCGAUCAAAUCUUCUGCGUGGGCCCGCCAAGAAGAAGACAGUGAAAUUCCAGGAUGUCACUGAUUCCGAAGCCGAGGAAACUGAGCCCGAGGUUCCUGCUGUCGGCCGUCGACGAGUAGCGACCAAGGCCACGAGCGGUGCCAAGGCCGGCCUUGGAGCAUCUGCAGUUCGGAAGCCUGUGACAACCGGUACUCGGGGAAGGAAGCCAGCUGCAGCGAAGAAGGAUGCGACUCAACCAUUAUCUCCCAAGAAGGCCAAGCAGGUAGCCAAGUCUCUAUCAGCAUACGCAAGCUCCGAUGGAGAAGAUGAUGAAUUGAACACCAUCAAGGAUGACAACGCCGAUCCGCUCAGACUCGUUGUUCACUCGCCUGUCAAGCACGGCUCGGAGAAUACGGGACUGAGCUCUCCUGUGCGGAGAAUCAACUUUACUCCCAAGAAGGCAUCGAGCUUCAUUGACGAAAAUGGCGAACCUAAACUACCAACACCAAAACACGGGUCAGACAACAUCGGGCUUAGCUCACCAGUCAGAAAAAUCAACUUUGCCCCGAACCGCAGCCAAAACACAGUCGCAGAUAAUGGCCACCUCGCUCUUCCGCCUGGAAAUUCAAUUGAUUCUAUGUUCAUGUCUAGCCCUGCGAGACGACCACCGCCAUCAUCUCCCUUCCUGUUCUCCAUCAGAGAGACCCCGAAUCGUGGAGGUUCCCUCUUCCGGGAUAGCGUGAACCCGAUUCCCGCACCUGAUUUCACACCCGGACGCACUUCUCCACUAAAGAUGUCACCUAAGAAGGGAUUUUUGGGAGCUUCCUUUUCGCAGUCGCCAUUCAAGGCCUCUACGUCGGUAGCCCCUGCUCGAACUCCUCUGUUUCAAAGCCCCGCAAAGAGAAUAGCCUCUCCAUUCAAAAACUCGAUAUUCUCUGCAUAUGCAUCUGUGGGCACCUGUCAACCAACAGACAAUGAUGGUACCCCCUCCAAGGUGGCUGAACUCGCACAAUCUACAACCCCCAAGUCGUCGCCAAGGGAAAGCCAAUCCGAGGCGGGCUUUGAACGAGACUCUGAAAUGGUUGAGGAUGUGGCUCGAGAUAUUUUUGGCAUUGAGCUAUCUUCUGAUGGAAAGCCAUCAUCGAUUUCUCCAAUUCAAAAAGAUAUUACUGCCUCAGAGGUUGCCCAACACUCAUUUGAUGAUGGAAACACCUACUCUCUCACUGCGGAGAUGGAGACCGAAGGUGACUUGGACUUGGAAUUAGAUGACAGUGAACAUCUUCAGCAUAAUGUCCAGCUCGAGUACGACGAGCCUGAAACGAUUUGCUUCGACGUCAUGGAAGAGGCCAAUCUGGCAACGGAGGACUGUUAUGACCAAGAGCCCCAGGAAGACUCGGGCGCAGGAGUUGGAGGACAACUUGAAGAGCAGGCUCAAUUCGACCACGAAGAAGCCGACACUAUUUGUUUCGAUGCCAUGGAAGAGGCCAAUAUGGCAGCGCAUGAUCUCGAUGACCAACAAGUCCAGGAAGCUUCAGACCUAGAAGAAGGGGAGGAUCUUCAAGAGGAGAGCGAAUUUGAGUACGAAGAGCUCGACACAAUUCGUUUUGAUGCUAUGGAGGACGCCCAAACCGAAGCGCUUGAUCCUCAUAAUCAACAAGUCCAGGAGGCUUCAGACCCAGAAGACGAGGAAGAUCUUCACGACAACAAUGAAUUAGAGUCUGAGGAGCUUGAAACAAUUUGCUUUGACAUUAUGGAAGAUGCACACCUUGCGGUGAAUGACAUGCAUGAUGGAGAAGGUCAAGUGACAGACUCAGUCAUGGAGGACACGAAUGACCCUGAAGAAGAGCUUGCGGUACUGGAGAGCGAGAUCGAGGAGGAAGAGUCUCAACAUUUUGAUAUUGGAUUGCAGGCUCAGGAAUUGACACCGGAACCCUCGCAGUUUACGGAAAUACAAGAAAUGAACAUGACAGAGCAGCCGAAUGAACUUUCUCUGCUCUCCAGGUCACCAUUGGGUUCAAUUUAUCGUGAUGAAGCCCAGCCAGUUGUUGAAAUGGGUCAUGCCUUGGCAAGUGAAGGUGAAUGGCAACAAGAGGAGGAAGAAGCCAAUCAUUAUCCUGAGGAAGAGGAACAUGUGAUGGGUGAGGAGAGCGAGGUGGAAGACGCCGAGUCUACUACACUGGCUGCGCCUGGAUCUGUUACAAUCUCACCAAAGCCUGCUUUGCCACAUGAGAGCAAGAGUCUUGAGGACAUUGCAACGCCGCCUCAAGGGACUCACGCGAUUACUUCACUACAGCCGACUCCCACAGGCGGUGAAUCUACUCCCUUGUUUUUGGAUCGCCCAGACGACUCAAAGAAUGAUCAUGACUCCACCCUCGAUGCCAAGAAUGCCAAUAAUGUGAUCAUUGGCACGCCCCUGCAUGAAGAAAAUAGCUUGGCGCCAAACAAUCAGGUUGAUAGCCCUGUAUUAAUGGCACCAAGUCUCUUCAACACACCAAGUGCUGUUGAUCAGCACCAGUCCCCUGCCAAGGCUAGCUUGGGUUUUACGCCAUUGGCACAAAAGUUUGGCCGCUGGGAACAAAAUACGCCUUCUCAAGCUAGAUCACUCCGACCGCGCCGACGUGGUGUUUUCUCGUUAGUCGGCCCCUUGGACCGCAGCAACACCGAGACUCCUACGAAUUCUGAUACUGUGUCGUAUCCUAAUUUGCCAAAAAGUCCUUUGGCCCAGACCCCCUCUUUGUUUGCCGAAUUGCCGCUUCAGCCCCAAAGCGAUGCUACCUGCGUGAGUCCUGAGUAUGAGCGGACUCCACGGCCAUCUUCCAUCUACGAAGAUCACCAAAUAAUUGACUCGCCAAGGAUAACCACAGAUAUCUUUGAGGAUCUUGACCUGGAAAUCAGUGAAGCGGAGCAGACUUCUGCCGCCGAAGCCCCGCAAGAUCAGGGCCAAGAGUUUGAUUUACUCGAUGACAAAGAGAAUUGUGGUCCGGUUUUGCCGUCAACACCAAUGAAGGCUCCAAUCCGACUCGAUGAGUUACGCACCAUUCAUACAGUGUCAAAAGUGCCUUUGAAAGCGGCAGGCGACGUGUCACCUCUUAAGCUGUCUCGCAAGAGAGGUCUAUCCCUCUCAAGCACAUCGCCCACUCGGUCUUCUCCGCGUAUUCGCAAGCCAGCAUUUAUGGCACUCAAUGACACUGCGCCAAUUCUGUCUCCCUCCCGGAAAGCCCCCCGGGUGAGCAGAAGUCCAACACCAAAACGCCGCUCGAUAAGUGGGAGACGCAGUAGCGUAAAAGCACCAGUGAUGGCUGCGCCUAGUACUCCUGCCACAACCGCUAGUCCUUCUAAGAAGCCACGUCGUAGCAUCAGCACUGAGCAGAAGGCUCUGCAUGGAGCAGUCGUGCAUGUGGAUGUUCAUACCACCGAGGGCGAGGAUGCCUCUGGUAUCUUUGUGGAACUUUUGCAGCAAAUGGGGGCCCGAUGUGUGAAGUCCUGGUCCUGGAACCCUCGGUCCAGUCUCUCGCCAGUUGAUGAUGUAGAGCCCAAAGACUUCAGAGUUGGCAUAACCCAUGUUGUGUACAAAGAUGGUGGUCUGCGGACUAUGGAGAAAGUAAAGAAGGCAGCGGGUCUUGUCAAGUGUGUUGGGGUCGGCUGGGUUCUCGAUUGCGAACGGGAAAACCAAUGGCUCGAUGAAACCCCAUACGCGGUUGACAGCUCUAUCAUUCCACGUGGAGGCGCCAAGCGCCGUAAGAGUAUGGAGCCUCGUGCACUCAGUAAUGUGAAUGGUACGCUCGUGCGCAUUUCCGAAUCUCCCGCGCCAUCUCCCGGCGGUCGUCGCAGUGGCGUCAACCCCGGUGCCGUUGAGGGUUUCCGGAAGAUCACACCCCCGACCCACCAGCAGAAGAUGCCCUCCACACCACCUCAACAAUCUGCUGCUGAUAGCUAUCAAUUCCCUGCCACUCCAGGAUAUAACUUUUCCAACCUCGAUGCCAUUGGCAUGUCACCCGCUACACCGGGAUUCCUUGGGAAUCGCUCCAAGCUUGUCCAGCAAUCUUGCCCACCAAAGCAGAGCAACCGAGGUUUGUUCCCGAGUGCCAAGCCUUCCAGUAUCCUGCUAGACGAUGGCCAAGACGAGGAAUCUCGGAGGCAGCGCCGCUUCCGUAUGGAAGCUGCCAGACGCAAGAGUCUUGUAUACAAGCCUGCUGUCGGUAGCCCUCUUGUACCUUGA